AUGGCGUCCGCAAGCCAUAACCACCCGUUGCCUGCACCGCCGCAGCAGCAGCCGGCGCAACAUUAUAACGAUUCCUACCAACCGCCCGUCCCUCCACACCACUAUUAUCAACAACAACAACAGCAGCAGCAGCAACAGCAACAACCACCGCAACAGCUGCAACGUCAACAAACUGCUCCGGCGCCACAACCCGUUCAACCGCCGCAGCGAAACCGACCGAAGUCGAGGGCAUUCAGUUUUCAAUCUAACAAAUCACAAAAAAGUGCCAACAGCCAGCAACAUAAAGUCGAUCUUCAUGAGACCUCUGCUGAGAAGGAAGCUAGGAGACUUCACGGCAAAACUGACCCUAUGUUAGCUUUAACCGAAUCAGAGCCAGCUAUGGAGGCGCAAAGUAGAAGGGGCAUUAACCCGGCCCCCUUGGGUUCUUUCCAACAUAAAGAUGUUUACGGCAAUCCUAUCACCGACCCCGACCGAUCAAACCCUACUCGUAGUCGAAUGGAAAGGCCACUUGAUACUAUCCGAGCUUUCGAAGCCGCUAUUGACGGCGGAUACAAUCGCAAGUCUAUGAUAAGAUCAGAUUCAGAAUCAGUAGCAAAUUGGAGCAGACGAGGAAGCUACUAUGGAAGUGAGCAAGACUUUCUUUACAAUCCAUCCCCUAAGCACCCAGACAAUCUCUUACACGGACUACUAGACAAUGGUCCACGUUUCCCUCAAGACAGUUACUAUGGGGGCCGAUCGAAUAUGGGAUACCGACCAGAUAGUACGAUAAUGGAUCCUAGGCAAUCGGCGAUGAUGAACGGACCACGAGACAGUUACUAUGAUGGAUUUGAUGGAGGUCCGUACGGAAAUAACAAUGGUGGUGGUGGUCCAAGAAAUAGAUACUCUCGAAUGCAAUCCGAUCCAUACACAAACGGUCGCGGGCCAGCCGAUAGAAACGUCUACCCUAUGCCGAAUAACCAUCGAUCAUACGAGACGGUUGGAUCGGGCUCUGGCAGUGGAAGUUAUGGCGAACCGGCAGGAUAUCAAACAGAUCCGACUAGUAGCGAUAAUAGUUCGAUUGACCGCCGCUCGCCGCCGAAACGACAAGAGCCUAUUAAUGAUUAUGGUAUUAGUUUUGGUCAAUCAACACAAACACCGAGUCUCGGCCUAGGUAGCGGUUCUGUGGGGGCUCCAGCAGUUCCUCGUAAGGAGAAUGGAACUUUGUUAAGGAAGCCCUCUAAAGCCGUAACACCUGGUUACUCGGAGGAGCGACCAAAGGUAGAAAAACGAAAGAGUUGGUUCAAACGAUUUAGUAAAUCCUAA